AUGAAACAGGGGUCCAUAAGUGGGCGAAGACGCCCCCUUCUAAUCACAUUCAUUGUGGUCGCCCUUCUCGUGGUCAUUACCCGCUUUGUGACGUUGAAGUCCGCCACAGCGUUGGAUUUGGAUAAGUCAGGAAUCUUUUCGAUGAUGUAUAACGAAAACGACAAGAAACAAGAGGAGUUCUUGAAGAAGUUGGAAAAAAUGCAGCUGCUGUUUUACGCAAAGCAGGAGGAACGUCUUGCCAACUUGGAGAGACAAAAUGAGAUCUUGCUCGAGCAGGUGCGUCUGUUAAAAGUUCCUCCUAAGGAAAUGUCUAUUAGAGACAAGUUGGUGUAUAUGACUCCCUACGACCCCAAGUGCAAGUUCCCCGCGUACAUUUGGCAGUCAUGGAAACAUGGUUUGAAUGAUGACAGAUUCGACGAGGCUUACAAGGAGGGACAAGCUCAGUGGGCGUUCAAGAACCCUGGGUUUGUUCAUGAGUUGUUCAAUGACGACACCAGUUAUACGGUCAUCAGACACUUGUAUUUGUAUGUUCCUGAGGUUCUUGAAGCAUACGAGAGCUUGCCUGAACUCAUUCUCAAGAUGGACUUCUUCAGAUACUUGAUCUUGUUUGCUAGAGGCGGUGUCUAUGCAGACGUCGACACCUACCCAUUACAGCCUGUGCCCAACUGGAUUCCGGAGAAUGUUUCGCCUACAGAACUCGGUUUGAUCAUCAGCGUGGGCACGGAUUCUAGCUCGCCCAACUGGAAACAGGAAAAUCAUCGCCGGUUGGAGUUUGGACAGUUCGUAAUCCAGAGUAAGCCUGGACAUCCAAUCUUGAGAGAGAUCAUUGCACAAAUCACCGACAAUACACUCAGAAGAAAGCUGGAGUUGAAGGACGGUGAGCGUCUUGGUUUGUCCACUUCCCCAAAUCAGAGACAAUUGGACAUUUCUAGAUGGACUGGUGCAGGUAUCUGGACGGAUGUGGUCAUGGGUUACCUCAAUGACUACGUGAAGUCAUCGAUAUACCAGUCAGUGUCGUGGAGAGAGUUCCAUGCGUUGGAUGUUCCAAAGUUGGUGAGUGAUAUCUUGGUUUUGCCAAUUAAGUCUUUUGCAUCCGAUCUCGAAAUUCCUAAGGACAACAAGGUGAGCGACCCGAUUGCUUUUGUCAAACAUUAUAUGGCAAGCAUUUGGAAGACCACCUAG